AAAUACUCUUUGUCUUUUAACUGUCAAAGUGCUAUAACAUCAACAUAUGUAUUUUGCAGAUACUCAGCCCAUAUCUAUCGGGAUGAAUUCUAACUUCCAGUACCAAAUCUACACGACCCCAACUACAAUUACAGCUCCAAGGGUACCUGCACGCACUAUGGUGGGCAUGAUUUGUGACCAGGGCAUCGUUGUGGCUACCAACUCAUGUGGCAAUAUGAUUUACUAUAUGGAUGCCAAAAUCUUCACCUGCGCCUCCAGCACCGGUUUCGAUCAACAAGUGAUGCUCGACGUGGGCACAAAGGUGUACAAUUCUGCUCACGAUAAGAGAAAGGAGGUCACGGUGGGCCAAGUUCUCGAUUUAGUAUGCAAGCACUACGAACGCUCCAACAUUGUCGAUGUGGUGUUGGCCGGCGAGGACUCGGAGGGGCUGCAUCUGUACUCCAUACACGGCCAAGGAACUGCCACCCGUCUACCCUGUGUGACUAGUGGAGCGGGCGCGGUGGUGGCCGCAGAACACCUCGAGAGCAGCUGGAAGAUUAACAUGAGCUUAGAAGAGGCGGAGCAGCUGGCGCGUGUAGCUAUUAUGGCUGCCGAAGAAGAUGCAAAUGACUUGGACCAAAUGCCAAAAGUCGAAACCUGCACUAUAUUGAAAAAAUCCGAAGAUAAUCGAAACAGCAGCCAUUUUGAAACAGACGAUUAUUAAACGAUUUAUAAUUUAUAUUCUGACCAACACAAAUUAUUCUUAAUAAUAAAAUGUGUACUUUUUGA